AUGAUCAGCUCAUUCCCCAUGUUCUCAGAGACUGUGAAAACUACUCAUGUCCACCAACCCCUUUUAAUCCUCAUGGGGUUUCACACAUUCUGUGGGUCUUGUGGUAUAAUUGGUUUAGUACUGGUCGUACUAAGUACUAGUCCGGGAUACCUAAGUUUAGAGAGUCGUGCCUCAGCAACUCACGUGACCAGGUCUAGCCUCUGGCCUCUUAGGGCCAGAACCCCUGACCCCCGCACUCAGCGCUUACCCAAGACUCGUCACGUGUGUUUCCUUACAUGUGUUGUGAGUCGGUGGUCGUUGCGUCCUUUUCACUCGCAACACGGUCUCCAAAAUCCGCUCAAGCCAUUGCUUUCACAAUCGACCAUGCCUUCAGUACCACUGAACAUCAAAGACAAGGACAAUACUAGGCUCAAGCAGGUCCAAGAGUUCGAAUACCUUGGAGUGACCCUAGAUGCCAGGGGAGGGUCGCAAGUGGCUAUGAGAGCUAGAGUGGCAGCAGCAUGGAACAAGUGGAGAGAGCUGUCAGGUGUUAUCAGUGACAGGAAGAUGCCUAGGAAACUCAAGGUGAAGCUUUACAGCACUAUAAUACGACCUGUGCUCCCAUAUGGGGCAGAACUAUGGACAAUGGGAAAGGAGGAGGAGAGGAUACUGGAAGCAACAGAAAUGAGGAUGUUGAGAAGAAUCAAAGGUGUGACGCUGAGAGAAAGGGAAAGAAGUACUGACAUCAGGAGAGAAUUGGAAGUGAGUGACAUCAACGAGAAAGUCAAGGAAAUAAGAAUGAGAUGGUAUGGACAUGUGAAGAGGAGAGAAGAAGGACAUCCAGCAAAAGUGGCUAUGGAAAGUAUAGUACCAGGAAGAAGGCCGAGAGGAAGACCAAAGAAGAGAUGGAGAGAUAACGUGAAGGAGGAUAUGAGCCACUUCGGCGUACGCCCGGAAGAGGCCCUGGAAAGAAAGAUUUGGAAACGGAAGACCCGGGCGGCUGACCCUGCAAGGCGGGACCAACGGCAGUAA